AUGCCUACUCCAUGUAUUAGCUCCACCGCCCGACACCCGACCUCCAACACCAGCUACCCGACCUCCAACACCAGCUACCCGACCUCCAACACCAGCUACCCGACCUCCAACACCAGCUACCCGACCUCCAACACCAGCUACCCGACCUCCAACACCAGCUACCCGACCUCCAACACCAGCUACCCGACCUCCAACACCAGCUACCCGACCUCCAACACCAGCUACCCGGCCUCCAACACCAACUACCCGACCACCAACACCAGCUACCCGACCUCCAACACCCGAAUUAAAAUUAAACCUCGUGUCACAGGAAGACACAAAAGUUUGAAUAGGCAUGAUUACGACAUAUAA